AUAGAAGGAGGAGGGCCAUAAUCAAUCCCGGAAGCGGAAGUGCAAGAGAGUGGCUCUAAGGGAGGGUGAGCAAUCGCAGCAGGCACCGUCAGCGGGGACCGUCUGGGACGGGGAAUUGCUGGCCGCCGCGGAGUCUUUGCCAUGCCUCGGUACUGUGCGGCCACUUGUUGUAGGAACCGAGCGGGACAGAGCGCCCGAGAUCAGCGAAAGCUCAGCUUUUACCCGGAAAAAGGAAUAUCCCAGAAGAAAACACAAGUGGAAAGAAUAGAAAAUAUCAAAGAAAUGAGCACAUGCAUAACAACAUCAUCUCUUAAAUCUUGUUCACCAAAGAGAAAUAUCUUACCUGAAGGAGGCUUAUAUCGAAAGACUCUUGAAACAAACCCAGACUGCGCAGCGAGAACGGAAGGACUAACACAGGAUACUGUGAAAGGUGGCACUGCAUAUUCAGGUAACUGUGUGAAACAAAAUAAGCAGCAAGCAAACCAAAUAGUAGCAACGUCUGAUAUGGAAAACACAGGAGCCGUCCAUUCCAGUAUUCCAGGAAAUAAUCGGACCAUCAAAAACAUUUUUAAUGCUGCUGCUACAGAUUUGCAAGUUUCGGUUCGUGACCUCCAGUCAUGUUUUGAGCAUGGCACGGCUUCUAAAGCCACAGUUUUGCAAGCCACACAUCUGGAACAUGGAGAUUCGUCUCUGGAAUUCACUAAGGUCCCCAUACCCAUGAGCGAACUUAAAUCCAAUCAUUUUGAUUCUCAUAUUGCGAAUUGCUCAAUAGAAGUACAAACGGAUGAAAGUUCUGUGUUGCUUCAGUCUAUGUCACAAGCUUUGGAGCAGCUUGGUGGAAAUAAUGAGUCUGUCAUCACCAUUAUCGUUCCUUCAGAGGACUCAAGAACCCCCUUGCUAUUAGAGGGCGCCUUUAUAUCAGCAGAAGAGGUACUUACCCAUUUGGAAGCAGAAAACUCUGUUGUCAUCGGCAGCUGCAGCAGCCUUGAAGUGCUGCAAACUGAGCACUCAUACUGUAGGCAAGACACAGACCGGGAACAACUCUGGCAAAAAAUUACAAAGCUGCACUCAAAAAUAGCCCUUUUAGAAGUCCAGGAGAGAAAAACCCUAAGCAGACUUAAAGCUAUAGAAGCAGUUGUUGCACAACUGAAGCAAGACAAUCUCCUUUCAGAGGAGAAACUUAAGAUCGUAGAAAACUGUUUUACAACAUUUGAAGUUACCAUGAUAUAAUAAAAAAAAGGGAUUGCAACUUGUUCUGCAAGUUAUUUUCUGGGGUACACUUUGGUUUGUUGGUUUGUGAGAGAGGGUGUUUUGUUUAUUUAUUGAUUCAUUUAUUUAUAAGUAGAAAUGGAAUAAAAAUAGGUCCAUCACUUUCCUCCCUGUCCUCUGCUCUUAGUAUCUUCCCAAAUUCUUUAAUGGAAUACUAGCUGAUAACCCAGG